AUUGCGUUUGAAAACGUUUUUACAAAGAACAAUAUUUUGGAAAAUACUCGUCUCUCUCUCUCGAUCGAUCGACUGGACAUAAGCCCUGCAUUUGACUCUCAAGCAACGAUCCUUCCCGGUGAUCUGCUUUUCAUCCUUCUCUCUUUCUCGCAUCCAUACCAUUUUCGAUCCCUCUCUCAUCAUGGAGUUUAUCUCUACUGUUCUGUUUCGCGCUUCUUGACUGGUGACGACAAUCUCUACUUAGUCAUUCAUCUUAUUUUCGAUACUAAAGGUUUUCGGUCUUGUGAUAUGGUUUUUGAGAUAAGUUUGGGUUUAUGAUGAUUUGAGUGUGAAUAUCAGUGAAAAUUACUCGUUAUAAAGAUUCAUGUUUAGUUAAUUAGUUUGCGUAUUAUUGAGGGUCUACAUUUAGGUCUUUGUUUGAGUUAGUAUUUGGGGAUUUCAGGUCAGCUGUUUGGUGCAUAUUACCGCUACAUUAUACAUUUUCUGACAUUUAGCUUGUGACACUCGCUAUGUUGGUUGCACCGCAGCAUCAGAACUGCAGAUAGUGACAAAAAAACUAUAUCACGUGUUUGAUGCUAUACUUUGUUUUACCAUUUUAAAAAUCUUAUUGAUCUGGUUUUUACCUUUUUAGAUCUUAAUAUCUUUUCAAGAUUGGUUUUGGGAUGUAAUUCCUUCCCUUCAAAUCGAUUCUUUUAGGUUUUGUUUGGAAGUAUGGAUUUUGGGACCUAGAUUUGAAUUUGUGUGGAUUUGGAAGAAACUCAAUACAAUUUUGUACUACAUUUCACCUAAAUUCAUUCAAAUUCAUAUCCAAGAUCUAAAUUCCAUACUCCCAAAAGUAGGGAAAAGAGAAUGGGGAGCAGCUCAACCUCCUUUUCAAACUCUUCCCCACUCCUGAAAAUUUGCACUUGAAACCUCCAACGUGGGAGAUGCAUGGAACUCGCAUGAUUAAUCCUUAGGGUGUUCCUUAAGGGAUUAUAUUAUGGAGGGAGAAACAAAGCCUUAUUAUGUUCACAAUGCAGUGAGACAAGGACUCAGGCUUCCUUUAGGUUUUGUUGGAAGCAACCAUUAUGCUUCACUUGAUAGAACAUGCUGAAAAUAUUGGUGGAGAUAAAAUGAGGAUAUUGAGAUGGCUGAGGGGAUAGGCUGAAAAAAGUGAAUUAAGAAAUGUGCAUUCAUCUGAAGGUGAAUUGAGGAAAUUUUGUGUGAAAGUCAUCUUAUAUUUGAUAACGAACGGUGUGGAUCCAGACUCUAAAGAAGCAGCAAUUAAGUGUAGAUUGUAGAAACUUGAUCUGCGGCCUAAGAUAAUGUGGACUGAGAAUGUGUGAGAAUAUAUGAUUUUGGAUGAUUUAGUGAAAAUUGGUGGAGAUAAAAUGAGGAUAUUGAGAUGGCUGGGGGAGAUGCUGAAAAAAAGUGAAGUGAGAAAUGUGCAUUCAUGUGAAGGUAAAUUGAGGAAAUUUUGUGUGAAAGUCAUCUUAUAUUUGGUAACGAACAGUGUGGAUCCAAUCUCUAAAGAAGCAGCAAUUAAGUGUAGAUUGUAGAAACUUGAUCAGCGGCCUAAGAUAAUGUGGACUGAGAAUGUGUGAAAAAAAAAAAGAUUUUGGAUGAUUUAGUAGAAGAUAUAACCCCAAAGAAAUCUGAAAAUGUGGAAAGGGCUUGUGUAGAUGAUGUCAGUUUUUUGAAUUCAAGUCUAUUUAAGUUGAAUAGACAUUUUAUUUAUUGGAACACAUGCUAAAGGAAAGAUUUCAUGUCCACACUGGUUGUUUCAUAUGAUAUGGAUCAUUUUUAAGUUAGUAAUUGAUGUGAAGAUGAUGUGCUUGGACAUGUAACUUCAACAAAGACUAAUAUUUUAACCAGCAAAGCAGAUUGGAAUUUUUCAAAUUGGUGGCACCUUCUUUGUCAAAAAGAGUCCCACUAUUCACCUGCAUGCGUCACCCACUUGCUACUUAAGUCUUGAAAGCCUAGCUUUCUGCAGUGUACUUCAAAUUGAUUAAAACUUUGGUGUUUUCAUAAAAAUUAUAGCUUGUUAUAUUUGAUGUAAUCAUGUAAUUAAUUUUUCAUAUAUGAAGUGUUGGCCUAUUGAAGAACAGAUGAUAUAUGAUAUAUGAAAACUGUAUAUUGAUGAGAAGGGAAUGACAGUCACUCUUUUAAAGGAUAACAAAAAACUAAUUGUGAAUUUUUUUAGUAUCUGAUGUCAUGUUGGAAGUUUACUGUCCAGGUAUAUGUAGUACAAAAUUAUGCACAUACUUUGGUAAUUGAUCCUUUUGCGGCUAUAGGUCAACUACACACUGCAGAAACCUCUUGAAACCAGAUUACCUGAAUGCGUGUAUCAUUUCACUCUUAGUACAAAAGAAGGCCUACUUUCUUGGCAAAGGAAUGAGUUUGUGCUUGACCUUGUGACUAUUUUGCAAUGUCGGGGUUACUUAAUUCUGCUCUCAACGGAUCAUCUUCAAAUCUUCCAGACAGCGCUGGGCGAUCUUUUGCUACUUCGUUUUCUGCUCAGUCUGGUUCUCCCCCACCUAUUUUUCAACAUGCUGGUACUAUUCAGGGGCUGCAUAACACAUAUGGGAGCUAUAAUGUUCCCCACAUGCCAGGAAUGCUUACUUCAAGAAACCCAACAAUAAAUAAUGCUCCUUCUGGCGGGGUACAACAGCCUACUGGAAGCCUUUCUAGUGGACGAUUUGCAGCAAAUAAUCUUCCAGUUGCUUUCUCUCAGAUGUCUCAUGGUGGUUCGCAUGGACAUUCAGCAGUCACAAAUAGAGGAGGUAUUAGUGUUGUAGGAAACGCUGCAUACAGUAGUAGCACAAAUGGGUCUGGUGGUGCCAUUCCUGGAAUUCUCCCUACCUCUGCUGCAAUUGGUAACCGGAAUGCUGUUCCAGGACUCGGGGUAUCUCCAAUUUUGGGAAAUGCAGCUCCUCGAAUGCCAAGCUCAGCGGGAAACAUAGUUGGUGGGAGCAAUAUUGGGAGAAACAUAAGCUCUGGUGGUGGAUUAUCCGUCCCUGGUCUUGUUUCUCGUCUAAAUUUAACUUCUAACAGUGGGUCUGGAAAUUUAAAUGUGCAAGGCUCUAAUAGAUUAAUGGGUGGUGUGCUUCAACAAGCAUCUCCACAGGUAAUUUCUAUGCUAGGAAAUUCAUAUCCUUCUGCUGGAGGCCCGCUAUCUCAAAACCAUGUCCAAGCAAUGAGUAGUCUAAGCUCUAUGGGAAUCUUGAAUGAUGUGAACUCCAAUGACAGUUCCCCUUUUGACAUAAAUGAUUUUCCUCAGUUGAACAGUCGCCCUAGUUCUGCUGGAGGGCGUCAAGGACAAUACGGUUCUAUGCGAAAACAGGGUCUUGGUGUUGGUUCUCUUCAACAAAACCAAGAGUUUAGCAUCCAAAAUGAAGAUUUUCCAGCUUUACCAGGUUUUAAAGGUGGUAAUGCUGAUUAUCCUAUGGAUUUGCACCAGAAAGAACAACUUCAUGAUGGUCCUGUGUCUAUGAUGCAAUCUCAACACUUCUCUAUGGGGAGAUCUGCUGGAUUCAAUUUAGGGGGAACAUACUCAUCUCAUCAUCCACAGCAACAACAGCAACAAACACCAGCAUUGAAUAGUGGUGGCGUCUCCUUUUCACCAGUAAACAAUCAGGAUCUUCAUCAUUUACAUGGCUCUGACAUGUUCCCAUCUUCACAUUCAACGUAUCACUCACAGACUAGUGGACUGUCUGGCAUUGGAUUAAGACCUAUGAACUCUCCAAAUACAGUUCCAGGCAUAGGGUCUUAUGAUCAGCUUAUCCAGCAGUACCAACAGCAGCAGAACCAAUCCCAGUUCCGCCUGCAACAAAUGUCUGCUGUCAGUCAGCCAUAUAGGGAUCAGGGUGUGAAAUCCAUGCAGGCAGGACAAGCUGCUCCUGAUCCUUUUGGUUUGCUUGGUCUCUUAAGUGUGAUAGGGAUGAGCGAUCCUGACCUGACAUCCCUUGCACUUGGAAUUGAUCUUACUACCCUUGGUUUAAAUUUGAACUCAGCAGAAAAUCUUCACAAGACUUUUGGCUCUCCAUGGUCUGAUGGGCCUGCCAAAGGUGAUCCAGAGUUCAGUCUGCCACAGUGUUAUUAUGCUAAACAGCCACCUGCUUUACACCAAGGUUAUUUCUCUAAGUUCCCGGAGGAGACACUGUUUUAUAUAUUCUAUAGUAUGCCAAAAGAUGAAGCACAAUUAUAUGCCGCCAAUGAACUUUAUAAUAGAGGCUGGUUCUACCACAGAGAGCAUUGGCUGUGGUUUAUCAAGGUCACAAACAUGGAGCCACUUGUUAAAACGAACACAUAUGAGCGGGGAUCAUUUGUCUGUUUCGAUCCGAACACAUGGGAAAAAAUUCGAAAGGAUAAUUUUGUAGUACAUUACGAGAUGUUGGAAAAAAGACCGACUUUACCCCAACAUUGACUCAUUUUUCUGGUUUAUUGGCUUCACCUCAACAUUAACAAAUAUUUCUAGUUCACAAUGUAAAGUCACAGUUUAUGGAGCUCAUUCAUUAGAAUGUAGGUUAGUUUUUAGCAUCUAUGUUCCUAGAGUUUGGAAAUUUAAAGGUAUUGUUAGCAAAACCGUGGUGCUGGGAUUAGCUGAUAUAGUCUCCUGUUUCAUAACUAUAGAAUGAUAAAAAUGACCGACUCAUGAUUGUUUUAAGGAGAAGAUAGACCUUGUAACUACGAGUCUAUAGCGCUGGUCUAUUGCAGUGCAAGUCCAAAGUGGAGACUGGAUUGUCUUGGAAUCGGCUGAACUAGAGGAGAAUCAACUCACCUUGCUAUCAAGCAAAGGUGUUUAUGAUCCA